UCGCCAGUCGGCCCUCGCACACGCAGCUGCCUCAGUCUUGGGAUUGCUUGGAUAGAGGCAAGGACUAUAUCUGGGAUGGAACAUGUGGAUUAAACUACGUUGUAGCUUAGCUGCAUAAGUGACGGCCCAUUCAUAGUGUGGAAUUUAGAAACGCUGAUCACCACAACAGGCUUCAUGUGCUUUACCACACCAAGGAAUGUGAAUUAGAAUGUGGUAAUAAUAACAAAUUGCAUUUUUUCUCAGGACCGCAUUUGUAUUGAUUAAUCCAGAAGAACCAAAUGUGGAAGUGAAAACAUCUUAGGUGUGAGGUGAACGCAGACACUGGAGUAAGGAUGUGGUGCAUCUUGGCAAUAGCGGUGGUGGUGGCGCUGGCCCCUCCCUGCCAAGGCUUCAAUGUUGGUGUAAAGGGAACUAAGUGCAACUUGGAUAUCACAAAGGGAGAUAUCAAUAAUCCCUGUGAAUCACUAUAUGGUGCUGAAUGUGGAGGAACUCACUGUACCUGUCCUGCUGGCACCUUUGAGGACAAGACUUUGUUACGCUGUAGUAAAAACCGUCCAGGAGGGUCCCAGGGUGGAACCAAUCGUGGAGCAGUGGAUGACCUUGGCCUUCCCUUUGACUAUGAGCCCAACAAACCUGCACCUGCCCCAACACCACCCAAACCAAAGGCUCCCCAGCAGCCGCAGCCUGGCUACAAUCCAAACCAGCCUGGCUACAAUCCUAAUCAACCAGGCUACAACCCAAAUCAGCCAGGCUACAACCCAAAUCAACCAGGCUACAACCCAAAUCAGCCUGGCUACAACCCCAACCAACCAGGCUACAACCCCAAUCAACCUGGCUACAACCCCAACCAACCAGGUUACAACCCCAACUAUCCUGGUGGAACCCAUGGCAAAACUCAUGGAAAAGGUAAAGACAAUAUGGGUGAAGAAGUUGGAGGAGGUGUGGGUGGCUUGAUAUUUCUUCUCAUCAUGGGUGGUCUCAUCUACUUCUGCUGCUGUAGAGGAGGAAAGCAUAAACAGGUGAUGAACAGAUUCCAGGGGCUUCCCUUCAUGAACAGGGGCCAGCAGGCUGCCCCUGGAGGAGCAGUGCCCAUGCAGAGUGCCAUGGUGCAACAAGAUCCUAAUUUCAGCUCCCAGCACACCUAUGUGCCACCUGAUGGCCAGCAGCCUCCACCUGGACAGUACCCUCCACCUGGACAGUACCCUCCACCAGCAGUGUUUGACUGAGCAUGUCAUCAUCCAUCAUCACAAAUGAAACAGUGAUGUGAACAUAAUCAUCUUGCCACUUUGAUUUGAUAGACUUCAUCAUGAUCAUAUGGUUAGUGGUGAUCUAUUGUGGCCAUUUGAGUGGCUUUUACCUUUGCAUUACUCUUGUUAGCUUGAUUGACUCUGGCUUGAUUGUGUUUACCAGAGACAUAUGUAUUAAUAAUCAUCCUAGUGAUCUGACAUGUUCUGAUACAAGAACAUAACCAGUCAAGUCUGAGUCGGCACAAAAAGAACAUAAUGUGAUCCUCCAUGUCAGCUGCUUCACUUGCUCUUGUUGCUGUAUUCUUGCAACCACAAGUACUCAGCAUCAUAACUUAGCCUUUCUUGUUCUAACUUGGCUGAGGUGCAGUUAUUAUUGUCAUUGAAACCUGCUUAUUGACAUCUGCACUCUAUAUUGAGUGAAAGUUACAUACCUAUGCUCUUCCUUCAUACCUUGCUCACAGUAGAAUGAUAUUCCCUAUUGUAAGUAUAAUUUUCAUGAAAGGACAGCUAAACUCUGUAUAAUUUUUUUUUUUACUUUUGGCUUGUCCCUGUUAGAGGUAAUUGCAGCUGAUUUGACAAAAGUUUAUCACCAAAUACCCCUCCUGACAUAACCCUCUUAAUAUUUCUGGGCUUAUGACUGCCCCUGAGCUGCACUGACUUAUGCCAUCAGUGGUUGGGGAACUGGGAGCUGGCAGUACCCGAGAAAACUCCUGACUGCAACCCAGAAUUUGACCUCAGACCAUCCUACAUUGUAAUCAGAACUGUUAAUACCUGAAAUGUCAUGCUUUCUGAACAAUAUUGUUCUUGCAUCAUAUGGACAGAAUUUACCAAAAUCUUUGACAUCCCUGAUUGGUACAUCUGGCACUGUAGCAUGAAGCAAGACUGAGACAACUGCCCUCCUGCUAUGCUCUUACAUUCCCACCAUGGUGCUGUUGCUGCCAUGAGUUUAAUAACUUUCAUUGCAGCUAUUCUUAUGUGAAACAGAAAUUCUGAAGCUAUAUUGACAUGGUAAGGUUGAUAUGAUUUGUUUCUGUGUCCAAAGUAAAUGAACAUUGUGUUAUUACACAUAGGACAUUUGGAAAAAAGAAAUUCCUACCCUGCGAUAUGAUGGGAGAUGUUUGUUUCCUCACACUUUACACCAGCCAAAAUUAAUUCAACACAAUUCAUUAUUAGUUAAAUUUGUCAUUAAGACAAAAUAUUAUUUUUGCGUUCAGGUGCAUUUGUGCAAGAUAAAGAACAUCCUGUAUCCAAAUUAAGAUAUAGAACAUCUUGUAUCCAAAAUGAGGUAUAGAACAUCCUAUAUAGAUGGAAACAAUACUGCUGCAAAUUUAUGGAAAAAUUUUAAAAGCAGGUAUGUUUCUCAUAUAUUAUAUGAGGAAAAAAUGUGCUCACUGACUAAAUUUCUUAAAUAUUUUUUUUACACAAUACUCAGUGCACUGAAAUUGAUAUGAAGAAAUAAACUUACUUAUUAUUUGCUUUGUUAAAAUUUAUUUCAUGUAUGAGUUAGUCAAACACACUGGUCCUUGGCCUUACAUACCAGGCUAUGGCUCUGUGUCCACCAGUCAUGAUGGUGAAAUGUCACAAGUCAAUAAUCAAAAGACCUCUGUUGAACUUUAAAUGAAAUUCAUCUAAGAAUAUUUCUUAGAUUGCAGCUUAUAUACAUAUCUCAUAAAUUGCUGACUUAUCCAAAAUAACUCAGUUAAACAUUAAAUGAAAUCCAUAUGAAAAUACAUCAUAGCUUUGCAACUUACAUAUCUAUCACAAAUUGCUGCUUACCACACCUUCCAGCAAGAAUGUUCUUCUGCUUCACUGGUAUUGUCAAUCUGGGGAAGCUAAGCAUGUAAUUUUACAGAUGAUGUGCAGUAAAACCUCAGUGUAUUUUGAAGUCCAUUUAUUGGACUUGGAAACCUAUCAGAUUAAUUUUUUUUUUAUACUGAAAAGUGUGAUAUGACCAGAGGUGGUCCAGAUUUCCUGACACUUCAGUCCUUUCUUGUUUUUGCCACUAUUGUCAUCACUGAAUCAUGAUUAUGGCAGAUGCUAAGUGACAAUUCACAAGCACAAAACAUCCUAUCCUAGCCAUCAAGUCACUCAAAGGUGCUAGUUCACUGUAUGCUGAACAUAGCUUGGCAUGAUAAUGGAAAAAUUUAUCCUGAUAACUGAUAAAUCAGUAACAAUAACCUUAUCGGUUACUGAUAAUCAGUAACUGGCGAUAAAUUUAUCACCUAAUAAUUGAUAACCAAUAAAUUGAUAAAUCCAAAAUUCCAAUAUUCAUAUUGUAAAUAAAAAAUUAAUAAAUCCAAAUCUUUAUUUUUAUCUUUAAGAAAACUUAGAAAAAUCUUCAAAAAAAAUUAAAAUUCAAUGUUUAUCCUGUCUCUUCACUGAUGAAAAGUAUUGUUUUCAGUAAAAUAACUACAUUUGAUUUUGAAAAAAUAAAACUUGAACAUACUCAUGUUCCAAAAACUCAAUUUAUCAAUUAUCACUAGUUUAGAACCAAAAGUAUCAGUUAUACCGGUGAAUCAAUAACGCAGGAAAAAUAAUUAUCAGAUGACUGAUAACCCAAUAUCAUUAUCACAAUAAAUCAUUGCAAUAAUCUAUAGUGGUAAUGCCCACCUUUGAUGCUGAAACAUGCUUUUGCUCUUUAAACCCCCAUUCACACACAUCAAUGAUAUAUCAGUGCCAUGUCAGUUCAGUGUCAGUGAAAUCCGUGGCACUUCAGUGACAUCUGUUCACACACAUCCAUACUGCGUGAAAUCAGUGAUUUCCAAGAUGGCAAAGUUUUCAGACACUGAAUUGGCAAUGAUUACCAUAAUCUUUUAUGAAGAGGAAGAGGCUGAGCAUAAGCUGAAGAAAAGAAAGUGGGUACAUGAAGAGUGAAAAAAAAAAGAAGUGAAAGAGAGUUUUCUCCUUUGUACAAGUAGUUAAUUGACGAUGGAACAAAAUUUUUCCAAAUAUGUCGUUUGGUGACUGCUGUCCACAUACUGUGGCUGUGACAAAUCAUGCAGAACAGGAUGAUUCUAAACCAAUUCUAUAAUUAAUUUAUAAUGCAUUCUCAUAGACAAACUCACCGCACUUGUCUGGCAUCUGUGAAACACUGAGAAAUAUCAGUGGUGAUGAUAUUCACUUUCAUGGAAUGGAGAUGGAACUGACACAGAGAGUCAAAACAUAGCAUUACAAUGGACAUGUGUGAAUGCUUCAGCCGAAUUCAAAGUAAUGAUAUUUUUUUUCACUGACACUGAAGGGCUUGAGUGGUCACUGAUGUGUCACUGAUGUGUGUGAAUGGGCCUUAAGUGAGUAGAAGUUAAUGUUGACAAAUCAUGCAGUUGGUACUGUGGUUCAAGUGAAUGACUGGCAGUGGUCAUGCAUCAGUCAGUACUGUGAUCCAUGUGAGUGGUUAGCAGCAGUUUUGCCUUCUAUUGACUCAGUUUGGCCCUUUCUUCUUUAGUGUUCCAUGCACUGCCUAAGCUCUCAUAGUCACACACAUUUUUCUGCUGUUUAUUCAGCCUAAUGUUUGACACAGCAGAAAAAGUUCAGAAUAGGAGGAGGAUGUCUGGCCACCACUAUUAACAGAUUGGCUUGAGCUCCAAUAAAUCCAAUAUACUGAGGAUUUUCUGUACCUUUCUUUUUCUUUCUUUUGGGGUUUUAAUUUAUAUUCUGUUGGCACGACCCUCUCUAUGAUGG